AAAUCCUUAGCCAAGUAGGAUUAGCAUGUCCGUCUGCUUUCCCUCCACCCCUGUAGCCUUCAUCCUCACGAAAGUUCGAAACUUGAAAAUCAGAGGUACCCACAUCCCCGUUAGCCCAAGUAUCAGAAACCGAAACCCUGGCAGCUUACGGCUUAUCAGGUGCAAUGUCAAACCAAGCGCAAGGUCUGGUUCGGAAGAAUACGAGUUUCACGGGGACGUAGGAUUCAAAGAGAAAUCCAACAAGCGUUUCGAGCUCGGAAGAAGUGGGGAUCAUGGUGCUGGCUUGGAGAAAGUCAAUAGCGAUUCUGGUAGCAAUAACCCAGAUGAGAAUUGGAGUGGGAAGGGUGAAAAUGGUGUGGAGGAAGAGGAAUUGGUUAAAAUUAAAGAUGAGGAUACUGUUGAUUUGAAAAGGAAGGGGAAGCAAGUGAUGAGGAGAUCGAAUUUGGUGGCAAAGCAAGUCAUAAGCAUUCAGUCUGCUAUCAGCUUGGGUUUUGUUUCUCAAUUAUGGGUGGAUACCAAUUCAUGGGUGGUACUGGUGGUGGAGGUGAGGCCAACUCUGCUUUCUGGGGAAUCAGAAAGGUUUCUUCUUCAAGAUGUUAGCAAGGUUGGUGAUGUUGUGCUUGUUGAGGAUGACAGUGUGAUGGAGAAUGCUUUUAGAAUGGUUGGACUCGAGACAUUGGUAGGGUACAGAGUUCUAACUCCAGAUCGGCGAAACAUUGGGAAGGUGCGGGGAUACACUUUCAACAUCAAUUCAGGGGCUGUGGAGUCUCUUGAACUUGAUUCCUUUGGGAUUUCCAUCAUUCCAUCAAGUUUGGUCAGUACUUAUGCUUUGCUUGUUGAGGAUGUGCUGGAAGUUGUAGCUGACACGGUUAUAGUUCAUGAAGCUGCAGCCUCACGCAUACAAAGGCUGACAAAGGGGUUCUGGGACACCGACAAUGCAAGAACUUCCAUGGAUGAAAAUGGAGAAUACUCUGAUUUGGAAAGACCUGUUAGAUUCAAUGAUGUUAAGAGUAAACGGAGAAGUUAUGGCAGCAAAAGCUCACGUUCAAAGAGAAAAGAACUAGAGGAUGAUUGGGAGCUUCCAAUGGAUUACUUGUGAGUUGUGAUGCUGGAGUCCUUUUUCUAUUUUUCACCUUCUUGUGAUGUAAAUAUAUCAAACUAAUUGGUAUUAGCAGAUACAAAAUUUUUUAGUUUGUAAUGUUUGUGCUCUGGGAAUCAUUAGGCAGUUAAAGCCAAUAUAAAUAAAUCAAUUUGCAUUUU